CGCGUUGCUUUUUUCUUGUGCGCUCAAUUGGCUUCUUUCGCAUUUUCCACUAGUGGGGUCUUCUGUACAUUUCCUUUGCUUUUCUCUGAAGUGAAACCGACUCUUGCUUUUGCUCUUGUUGAUUUGUAUGUUCACUCAACUCUCAUUCCAUUUGCAAAGGAGAAAUAGAAACUUUUGAGUAAACGGAGCAACAGAUCUGAAGUUGAGAAUCACAGGAAGCUUGCAAAGGCGAUCAGAUCUGAAGCUUGUUUUGAUAGUCAGGAAACCAUGGCUGAAGUUGUGGGUGGAGCUUUUCUCUCUUCUGCUCUUGCUGUUCUGUUUGAUAGGAUGGCUUCCCGUCCGGUUCUUGACUUCAUCCGAGGAAAGAAGAACACCACUGAGCUGCUCCGUAAGUUGAAGAUUAAGUUGCGGUCGGUUAAUAAGUUGCUCGAUGAUGCAGAGGAGAAGCAACUCAUCAAAGACUCUGGCGUCAGGGAAUGGCUUAAUGAGCUUAAAGAUGUUCUCUAUCAUGCUGAUGACCUGUUGGAUGACAUCAAUACUGAAGCUCUGCGUUGCAAGAUGGAACAAGAAGAUUCUGGAAGCCGCAGCACCAAUCAGGUACUGAACUCUGGUUCCAUUUCCAUUCAUCAACUUGACGAAAGGAUACAGGAGAUUCUUGACGAAUUAGAACUUAUUGUCAAUGAAAAAGAUGUGCUUGAUUUGAAAGAGGGUGUUAAGGCUAGGCCACAAGAAAGACUGCCUACAACUUCUUUGGUAGUAGAGUCUAGUGUAUAUGGAAGGGAUGAAGAAAAGGAGGCCAUUAUCAAAUUAUUGUUAGCGGAUGGUAUGACUGGAAAUAAGAUAGAUGUGCUUCCAAUUGUGGGCAUGGGUGGGCUUGGAAAGACCACUCUUGCUCAACUCGCAUACAACGAUGACAGAGUCAAGCGACAUUUUGAGUAUCAAUCAUGGUCUUGUAUUUCAGUAGAAUUUGAUGUUAUCAAAAUAACACAGACAAUUUAUGGGGCGGUCACUUCACAAACUUGUAACAUCACAGAUCUAGACAUGCUUCAAGUUGAACUAAAGAAGGCGUUGUCAGGGAAGAAAUUUCUCUUUGUUCUUGAUGAUGUUUGGGAUGUGAAUUUAACGAAGUGGGAUAGCUUGAGCCGACCCUUUGAGAGUGGAGGUCAUGGAAGUAAGAUCAUUGUCACAACACGUGAUGAAGGUGUCGCACGCAAGAUGGGUACCCUUCAAAGUCAACAUCUAAUGCAACUAACAGAGGAAGACUGCUGGUCGUUGUUCUCAAAACAUAUCUUCUGGAAUGGAGGAGAUCCGUCGCUUGAAGUGAUUGGAAAACAGAUUGUUCAAAAGUGUAAAGGACUCCCUUUAGCUGCAAAAUCACUUGGGGGUCUUUUACGUUCUGAACCGAGUAUUGAAAAAUGGAAAGAAAUAUUGAACAAUGACAUAUGGGAGUCGCGGGAUGAGGACAAUGACAUUUCGCCUGCUCUAUGGUUGAGCUACCAUUAUCUACCUCCACAUCUGAAGCGUUGUUUUGCUUACUGUUCCAUAUUUCCUCAAGAUUAUGAGUUUUACAAAUCGAAGCUGGUUUUGUUGUGGAUGGCUGAAGAUCUCUUACCACUGAAAAGUCUGAAAUCGAAUACUACAAUAGAAAAGUUUGGAGAUAAGUGCUUUGAUCAUCUAGUGUCAAGGUCAUUUUUUCAUCUUGCACCAAAUCAGUAUCCUCUUGAGCCAACUUUCACAAUGCAUGACCUUAUCCAUGACUUAGCAAAGUUUGUCUCCGGAGAGUUUUGUGUUAGGUUGGAGGACAAUGACUCAGUGCUGGAAAAUGUUAGCAAGAGUCGUCACUUUUCGUGUGCAACCGGCAGUUUUGAUCAAUGGGACAGUUUGUAUGAAGCCAAGUAUUUGAGGACCUUUCUAGUAUCAAGAUAUAAAUACCAACGUCCCAACUUAGAUUUUGAUAUAUUCUUGAAGCUUCAGUGUUUAAGAGUGCUCAAUUUAUCAAGCUACAAUAUUGGUGAGCUGCCUAGUUCAAUUAGCAAGUUGAAGCAUCUAAGGCACUUGGACUUGUCUGGCACAUCAAUUAAAAAGUUACCUGAUGAAAUGUGUACUUUAUAUAAUUUACAGACGUUAUUGUUGUCGUUUUGUAGCAAUCUAGUUGAGUUGCCAACUGAUUUGGGAAGAUUAAUCAACUUGCGUCAUCUUGAUCUCAGUGGCACUUGGAUAAAAAAGAUGCCACCAAGGAUGGGCAAAAUGAAAGAUCUCCAAACAUUAAGAGGUCGGUUUGUCCUAGACAAAUACACUGGUGAUAACAUUGUGGAGAUUAAAGAGCUUCAGCAGUUGCGCGGAACACUCUGGAUCUCGGGGCUUCGCCAUAUUGUGCAUGUCACAGAUGCCAUUAUGAGAAAGAAGAAGCAUCUGGAUGAAUUAGUUUUGGAAUGGGGAGGCAAGUCUGGUGACACCGACGAUACACAAAAACAGAGAGAUGUGCUGGAGAACCUCCAACCUCAUACAAACCUUAAAAAACUCGAGAUUCGAUCUUAUGGGGGCACAAGAUUUCCAGGUUGGUUGGAAGAUCAUUCUAGUUUAUCUAAUCUGGUUCGUCUUCAGCUUCUGGAUUGCGGAAAUUGUUUGUCCUUGCCAUCAGUUGAGCAGCUACCCUCCCUCCAAGUGCUUGAGAUUGAAGGAUUAAUUAAUGGAGUGGUGACUUGGGGUUCCAAGCCUUUUCCAAAUCUUCGUACGCUGAGUCUGAAAUCUUGUCCCGAGGUAACCGGGGCAUUCACGUCAGCCUGCUUCCCAAAGCUUGAAAGCCUCAAAUGGGAGGAUGUGAAUGUAGAAUCUCUUAAUUACCCUUCACUCCUCUCCCUUGUCCGACUUGAAAUAAUUUCAUGCCCCAAUUUUGUUUGUUUUCCCGAUGCGCCCAAUUUGAAGACCUUACUUGUCCAAAAAUGUCCGAAACUGAGGUCAUUGCCACAACACAUGCACAACCUUCUCCCAUCUCUCGAGCACUUGUAUUUAUCUGAUUGUCCAGAAUUGGAAUCAUUUCCCGAAGGGGGAUUGCCGUCUAAGUUGGAAAACUUGUACAUCUGGCGUUGCAAGAAACUCCUGAUUGGAAACCGUAUGCAGUGGGGUCUACCAACACUCACCUCUCUCAAAAUCUUGUGGGUCGACUUUCGGGGAUGUGAACAAGUUGUAGAUUCAUUUCCAGACGAGGGGCUGCUGCCCACCACUCUCGGAAAACUCGGGAUCUACAGUAUUUCAAAGCUGGACGACAAGGGGUUUAGACAACUCACCUCUCUUAAAGAGUUGACAAUUGGCCAUUGCCCAGAACUCCGGUGCUUGCCAGAUGAAGGGCUACCCACUUCUAUUAGUUAUCUGGGCUACUCACCUCUCUUUUUUUUUUUUCCCUAUUGUCCAUUGCUUGUCCUGUAAUGGUAUCCUUCAAUCAUCUAAGAUUGUCUCCAUAUUUUGCAGUCAUCUCGGAAUGAAUAAGCUCUCAGGCACAAUUCCAUCAAAGCUUUUUAGCUUAAACAUGAGCCUGAUACAUGUGUAAGAUUAAAUACACGACGCACACACCCAUACACAGAUAUAUUGGAAAUGUAGACACUGAGAAUUGGGGAUAUCUGUGCAUUAUAGAAAGUGUGACCUGUUUUCCUUGGAGUCUUUUCAUAUUUAUUGACCAUUUUGAACAUAAAACUUCCUAACUCCUUAACUCUCUAAUAUAGUUUAUCCUCAGAUUAUUUUUCUUUCUCAUACAAUUAGCAUCCCCUUAUACAUUUCCUGCUCAGGCUCUUCGAAAGUAAUCAACUCAUUGGCAGCAUCCCUUCCAGCCUUGGACUUGUAAAGUCUUUGGAGGUUGUGCGAUUUGAUAGAAACAUGUUAACUGGGCCUAUUCCUCUGAGCCUCUACAGUCUUACAAAUGUCUCUCAGCUGAUUCUCUACGUUAUGUCUUUGUUUUGGACCACAUCAGAGUGUUUUCAUAGAUGAAGCAGUGAUUGAAAGAAUGUAAUUGCAGGUGGCUCUAGUACUUUCAGCACCAACUUCAUUGUCGCCUCUUGGUUCCCUGGUUGAUCCGGUUACUAUCCAGUUUAGAGCCUCUGAAUCAUCAAUUAUUGAAAAGUUCUAGGUACAGGUCUGAGCUAAGCAUUCUCUAUGCAGAUCUUCUUUUCUGAAGUUUUCUUAGGAUUCCCUCCUCCCAUAAUUGGCAGGGGAAUGUUUGCUGCUGUUUAUAGGCUGUUGUUUUCUAAUAAAAGAAAACUGUCGCAAACAGGAUGUGUACAAAGAAUUUCCUGAGUUGUGUAAAUGAUGCUAAGAAGUGACACAGCGAAAUGAAUCCCAAGAAUGAUGGAGGGAUCCAUUCGGAAUGGAGGAGAUGGAAUUCCAUGAGGAAGUGGAAAUGGAAUAUGCAAAAGAGAAAUCAGGUGACAAGUCUGCACAGAAGGCUGCAAUUAAGGCUUACAAAAAAUCAAAGAAUUCUGAUGCUGCACAUCAGGAUUGGUAAUUCAUUAUGUCACUUUUUUUAUUCUUAUUUUUUUUUUUUGGUCUACUAUUCAGUUAAUUGAAAAAAGGAAAGUGAAACAAUGACAUCAUUGAAAUGCAGUGAGUUUGUGAUUUUAAUUUUAGAUUAUAGUUGCUGAGAUAUUUGUUAAUGAGUAAUGACAAUACAUAACAAUGUGGCUUUACCGUCGAAUUACUAAACCCGAGGGGAAUUGCCCGAGGUAUCGAA